UUCACUAUCUGUAGUGUCAAACGAGCAUUGUUUACAUCGUGUCUGUCAAAUUGAAGUAUAAACAAAAGAAUAGCGUAAUAUAACCGUUGAGCGUUGAUUUUAAAAGAACGAAAUGAGGCAAGCCCGGCUAAAUUUUAAAACGGAUAUUUAAGUGUGGGAAAAGGAUCAAAGAAUUAUUUUAAAUACGUGUAGCAACAAUUACCUUGUUGUGUUCUUUGUUAGUUUGCUUUAGUCGCGAGUUUUUUUUUCAAUUAGAAAACCCGAAACAAUGCCGACAGCCCGAUCGAACAAAGGCGAUCCGGAGAUUCGUUUUUCGCAGAGAGAAGCAUCGACGAGCGAGCAGAGCAUAUCCAGCAUUGUAUCAAGCAUUUCAAUAUCACAGGAUGAAAACUUUCGGGUUCUCAAGCAUGCCGAGAACAGCCUCAAAGUUAUGGAGUCUUACUUCCAGAAACAACAGCUCACCGAUGUCACUUUAGUGGCGGGCAACAAACGGAUCCCUGCGCAUCGUCUUGUUCUUAGCGCAGGCUCAGAAUAUUUUGCGGCAAUGUUUACAAGCACCCUGAGAGAAUCGGCACAGAAUGAAAUCGAGCUGAUGGGUGUUGACGGAGAUGCGCUCUCGGCGCUCGUCCAGUACUGUUAUACCGGAUGCAUAGAACUGCGAGAAGACAGCGUCGAAACACUGCUGGGAACUGCGUGUCUGCUACAAUUAAACCCGGUGGUUAAAGCCUGCUGUCAUUUUUUAAUAAAACAACUUCACCCAAGUAAUUGUCUCGGGAUAAGAAUGUUCGCCGAUACUCAAGGCUGCGCUCAUUUAUUGAGCGUCGCGCACGCAUACACGACCGAACAUUUCAUGGAAGUAAUAAGCAAUCAAGAAUUUUUAUCCCUAUCUGCUAACGAAGUUGCUAAACUUUUGGAAUCCGAGGAUGUAAACGUUCCGUCAGAGGAGACGAUCUUUCACGCUCUAAUGACAUGGUUGCAGCACGAUCCUGAAAAUCGGUGCAAGGAUGCGAGCAAGUUACUGAGCUACGUUAAACUGCCGCUACUGUCGCCUGCUUUCAUCGCGGACCACAUCGAAAGCAACGAGGUAUUCAGAGACCAAAGAGCCGCUCAAGAUUUAGUCAUGGAGGCGUUAAAGUACCAUCUACUACCUGAACGUAGACCGUUGUUACAAUCCGGUCGUACUAGGCCUCGGAAAGCAACCGUUGGUUUAUUGCUGGCCGUAGGAGGAAUGGAUGCUAACAAAGGUGCUACAUCUAUCGAUGCAUUCUCACUGAGGGACAACGCGUGGAAAAACUUGGCAAACAUGAGCGGAAGACGUUUGCAAUUCGGUGCUGCAGUUGUGGAAAAAAAAUUACUAGUCGUCGGAGGAAGGGAUGGUCUCAAAACUUUGAACACCGUCGAAUGUUUCGACUUUUCUAGUUUGACUUGGAACACUUUGCCACCAAUGAAUACGCAUCGACAUGGAUUAGGAGUCGCGGUAUUAGAAGGACCUUUGUACGCUGUGGGAGGACACGAUGGUUGGAGUUUUCUGAACACAGUAGAAAGAUGGGAUCCAGCAGCGCGCCAAUGGAGUUACAUUGCUCCCAUGUCGACGCAAAGAUCGACGGUCGGCGUCGCAGUGCUGAAUAACAAGCUCUACGCUGUAGGUGGCAGAGAUGGUAGCUCAUGUUUAAGAACAGUGGAAUGCUACGAUCCCCAUACAAACAAAUGGACACCUUGCGCUCCAAUGUCGAAACGCCGAGGAGGAGUUGGCGUCGGUGUUGUAAACGGGUAUCUUUACGCUUUGGGAGGACACGACGCGCCUGCAAGCAACCCCAGUGCGAGUCGAUUCGACUGCGUUGAAAGGUACGAUCCUAAGACCGACACGUGGACAAUGGUGGCAGCAAUGAGCGUAGCCAGAGACGCGGUUGGCGUUUGCAUACUGGGCGACAGACUUUUAGCAGUUGGUGGAUACGAUGGUCAACAAUAUCUCACUCUGGUUGAGGCUUACGAUCCUCAUCUAAACGAGUGGCAAGAGGUAAAUGUUUCGCCAUUAAAAAUGGGCAGAGCGGGACCCUGUGUGGUUGUGAAAAAUCUAAUUGGAAAAACUUGAAGAGAGUUCAAUCUUACAAGUGGUCCAAUGGUUUGGUUUUUUACAGGAACAUAGUAAAAUUAGUAUAAUUUCAAAGGAGUAUUCAAAACAUCAAUCAAUUUUCAGAACUGAUACAAUCUAAUGCAGCUUACUUGCAAAUGCUUUAACUUAAAAUUAAUUUAUAAAUCUAAUAGUAAAAUUUUGGUGAUAGAAAUGAAUUGAUAAUUAGGGAUGUCUAAUUGAUUUGAAUAUCAACUGUAUUCACGUUGAAAAAAACAGAACAUACGCGUGGUCAAAAUACACAAUACGCUAAAGUAUCAUGAAAUGAAAGAAUUUCGGAGAAUUGACGCUAUUAUAUUUGGUAACUUUUAAAAGCCUGAUAUUGCACCAAUAAAAUUGGUUCCUGCGACAAUUUUCCAGUGUUCAAAAACAGCGCUGUGUUAUAAUUUGUUAGCUGUAAUGGAAAUUUUCUUUAAUGUAGUUUUUAAAUCGAAUAAUAGCUAUGAAGUCUAGACGAUAAUUACACGUGCGUACAAGAUAUAAUUCAGAAUCCCGAUUGCCGGGUUUUUUUUAGUUUUUUUCAAGUAUUAAAAUUAUUCUGAGCUCAGUACUAAUUCCAGUUUUAAGAGACUUUUCAAAAACAUAUUUGCGUAUUUUUGUAAUUCUAGAUAUUAUUACCUAGAGUAUUUUAAACUAGAGACUGCUUCUAAUUAAGAUCAGUUCUGCGUAUUACGGUAGCUGCUAGUCUAUUUGACUAAUAAGGAAGAACUGAGCGAUUUUUUUCGAUAAGAUAUUGUUAAGGUAAAUGAUUUUACAAGUUUAUUUUAUAGUCAAUAAGGAAUUAUAUCACUUCAAUCUGUAAUCGAUUAGUUAUUUAUUUAUAAUUAAGAAUCCAAGAUUAUACAGGAAAAUUAGGAAUCUCUUGAUUGCUAUGCAUUUUCCCGAAAUAUUCUAAGCAAAACUGUUUCUUUGUGAUUCAUUCAAUCAAAUAACAAAAAGGGAUUUUGUACUAAAAUUGGAACCUUGUGAAAAUAUGCAUUCACCCACACGUGUCACAAGAGCUGCAGCUCCGUAUUUCGAUAUAUGAAUAAUUGAAGAAUAGUUUUAAGAUUUAAUAGUGUUUUAACGAUUUAAUGUACUGUGAAUUUUUGCAAAUAUUUCGAGAGCUUUUCUCUUUCUUUUUCUUUUUAUAAACUUUUCAUACUUUACUUUUAAAUCAUGACAAUUAUAUAUUGAGAUUUAGUUUAUUACUUUACGCAUACUUGCGUUAGAAAGAAAAACAAAUGGAUAAAUGAGGAGUUGC